CGGGCCAGGAGACUGUGUCCUCCACGGUCCCAGCCCGCCCCGCGCCCGCUCUUCGCUUCCCCUCCCCCCGCUGCACGCUGCGUAGCUGCUCGUUGGCUACUUAGGACGAAAGCUCGGUUGGUGUUUCUCCAGAAGUUUCCCUCUUGGGCGGCGGCAGAGCUGGUAACCUCGGAAGGAGCAGCUCCAGCAGCGGUAGCAGUGACUAUUAGGGAUGGCGGCGGCUGCAGCGGGGCCUGCGACAGCCCAGAGGUUUUUCCGGAGCUUCUCAGAUGCUCUGAUCGACGAGGACCCCCAGGCGGCGUUAGAGGAGCUGACUAAGGCUUUGGAACAGAAACCAGAUGAUGCACAGUAUUACUGUCAAAGAGCUUAUUGUCACAUUCUUCUUGGGAAUUACCCUGAUGCUGUUGCUGAUGCAAAGAAAUCUCUUGAGCUUAAUCCAAAUAGUUCCACUGCUAUGCUGAGAAAGGGGAUAUGUGAAUACCAUGAAAAAAACUAUGCUGCUGCUCUAGAAACUUUUACAGAAGGACAGAAAUUAGAUGGUGCAGAUGCUGAUUUCGUUGUCUGGAUUAAAAGGUGUCAAGAAGCUCAGGAUGGAUCACAGUCCGAGGUGUCUUCUUCCCAGAGGACGCAUCAGUCAAAAGUCAAGUAUGACUGGUAUCAAACAGAAUCUCAAGUAAUCAUUACACUUAUGAUCAAGAAUGUUCAGAAGAAUGAUGUAAAUGUGGAAUUUUCAGAAAAAGAGUUGUCUGCUGUGGUGAAACUUCCUUCUGGAGAGGAUUACAAUCUGAAGCUGACACUUCUUCAUCCUGUGAUACCGGAACAGAGCACAUUUAAAGUGCUUUCAACAAAGAUUGAAAUUAAAAUGAAAAAGCCAGAGGCUGUGAGAUGGGAAAAGCUAGAGGGGCAAGGAGAUGUGCCUCACCCAAAACAGUUCACAGCAGAUGUAAAGAAUCUAUAUCCAUCAUCAUCUCAUUAUACAAGAAAUUGGGAUAAACUGGUUGGUGAGAUCAAAGAAGAAGAAAAGAAUGAGAAGUUGGAGGGAGAUGCAGCUUUAAACAAAUUAUUUCAGCAGAUCUAUUCAGAUGGUUCUGAUGAAGUGAAACGUGCCAUGAACAAAUCAUUUAUGGAGUCUGGUGGUACAGUUUUGAGUACCAACUGGUCUGAUGUAGGUAAAAGGAAAGUUGAAAUCAAUCCUCCUGAUGAUAUGGAAUGGAAAAAGUACUAAAUAAAUUAAUUUGCUAUCACAUAUUGCAUAUAUUCACCUAAUGCCCAUUGUGUAUUAAUAUUGCAUUCUUGAAUUUUGAACACUGACAUCUUUUUGAGAGAUUAUACCUCUUUACCUCUUUGUGCUUUAGAAAUUAUUUUCCUUCAAGUGUUCUAAGAGUCUAAUGAAGAAUGAAGAUCAUAUUUUAUCACUUCUGUCCUUAAGGAUUUCAGACAUGCUGAAAUAGAAUGAAGUAUCAUUUGCUACUAGAUAGAUUAAUUCUACCUAGUUGUGGGAGUGGAGAAAUUGUUAAUGGGAUAUCUUGGGUUAUUGCCUUAUUUUUGAUGCAGUAUUCUGUUAAUAAUUUAUUAGACUUGGCAACUUUGAGUGAGCAUAGAUUUUUCAAUUUCAGUGUUAUAUUGUUUGCUUUUAAAAACUGCUUUUGAAUGGAGUUGUAAAUACAAUUUUUCUAUAAGAA